ACCCUGUUGGCUCUCCCAGUGUGCGUAUCCCAGUGUUGUUCAGUGAACCGUGCGGCGGACAGUGCCACUGUGUCUGUAGUCGCUCCGCUUGUAUUGAACUCGCUGCUGACCAGUGGAGAGUGAAGAGAGGGAGGAGUGGGAGGAGGAACACAGAGCCGGACGCCCUGUUGGUGGUGCGUUUUACCCGGCAGAAGCAAAUUUUCCAUGAUAGGCUCCGCAGUCAUGCUGGAAAACACAGGUGGAGCAAGAGCGGAUGCUAAAGUGAAUAAUCAGUCAGAAACUACUAAAUGUGCAAUGGAAAGUGGUGACGGGAACACCGGAAUCCAAAUCAAUGGAUUUGACUUUCAGAGGCAGGCGAUGCCACUCACUAACGCACAUGCACAAGCCCUCCUCCAACAGUCUAAGUCGGAAGACUCGAGUGCUCUUCCGACCUCCGUCCAGCAGAGCGUUUUGCCUCAAACCCAGCUAAUGUUGGCCGGGGGACAGAUUGCAGGAUUGACCCUGACCCCGCAGCAGCAGCAGAUGUUGAUCCAGCAGGCUCAAGCUCAGCUCCUGGCUGCCGCCGUGCAGCAUUCAGCGAACCAGCAGAACAGCACCACCGGGGCCAGCAUCUCGGCCACCGCAGCCACACCCAUUACCCAACUGUCCCAGCCCAUCCAGAUCGCCUCUAUACAGGCGCAGAAUCUCAGUCUGCCACAGUUCGUCCUGCUGCAGCCCGGCCACCCGAUCGCCACGCAGCUGCAGCCCACGCAGUUCAUUAUCUCACAGACACCGCACGGCCAACAGAGCCUAUUGCAAGCCCAGAGUCUUCUAAAUCAACUACCUCAAAGCCAAGCUAACCUCCUGACGACUCAACCAAGCAUCACCCUCACAACUCAGCCUGCCACUCCAACCCGCACAACUGCAGCCACACCGAUCCAGUCCCUGCCCCACAGUCAGACCCCCCCCAAACGGCUGGACACCCCGACUCUGGAGGAGCCCAGCGAUCUGGAGGAACUGGAACAGUUUGCUAAGACCUUCAAACAGAGGCGCAUCAAACUGGGCUUUACACAGGGCGAUGUUGGCCUGGCCAUGGGGAAGCUGUACGGAAACGACUUCAGCCAAACUACCAUUUCUCGCUUUGAGGCCUUGAACCUGAGCUUUAAGAACAUGUGCAAACUCAAGCCAUUGUUGGAGAAGUGGCUCAACGAUGCAGUUUGUGCAGAGAACCUGUCAUCUGACCAGUCCCUGUCCAGCCCAAGUGCGCUGGGCUCCCCGGGGAUGGGCAUCGAGGGGAUCAACCGCAGACGGAAGAAAAGGACUAGCAUCGAGACCAACAUCCGAGUGGCCUUAGAAAAGAGCUUUCUGGAGCAGAACCAAAAACCUACCUCUGAAGAGAUCACCAUGAUCGCCGACCAGCUCAACAUGGAGAAGGAGGUGAUCCGGGUCUGGUUCUGCAAUCGCCGGCAGAAGGAGAAGAGGAUUAACCCCCCCAGCAGCGGCUGUGGAGUAGGCGGCACCCCCAUCAAAACCCUCUUCACCCCUAGUAGCCCUAUAGUGGCCGGCACAGCAAGCCUUGUGAACAGUCCCUCUAUUAACACAUCCACCACUCUGACUGUAAACCCAGUGAUGCCUCUCACCAGCACCAGCGUCGCCAAUUUAUCUUUCACAGGCACGAACACUGCAUCAGUCAUCUCCACUGCGCCUAUAUUUACUACAGCCAGCUCUCCAUCUUUAAGCCCGUCGCCAACGACUAUUCAGUCCAUGAUCGCAGACAGCAAGGGCCACACCAUCGUCUCACAGGCCCCCACAUCUAUAGCCACCUCUCUAGGGAAUGGUCAGCUGAUGGUGUCGGCCUCAGGUCUUUCCGCGGCGCUGCAGGGGGCUCAGUUACCCAGCAGCUUCGCUGCCAUGGCUGCUGCUGCCGCUGGGCUCAACCCGGGACUGAUGGCCUCCUCACAGUUCGCUCCAGGCGGGGCCCUGCUCAGUCUGACUCCUGGUGGCCUUGGCAGUGCACUGAGUCCGGCCCUCAUGAGCAACAGCACCUUGGCUACCAUCCAAGGUGUGUAUCAAUCUCUGGCCUCCAGUCAGAUCCCCAUCACGUCUCUGGACGGCAGCAACCUGCUGUUCACCAACGCAUCCGGCACCACGCCGCUCUUCCUGAACCCCCAAAACCUGUCGCUGCUCACCAGCAACCCCGUUAGCCUGGUGUCGGCCGGUGCGGGGGGGCUGCAGGUCACCUCCGACGCCCAUCAUCAAGUCUCCGCGGCCACUGUGCCUGUGCAAGCCUCCACCAUCACCACUGCCUCCAAGGCUCAGUGAAGAGCGGCUGCAGGCUGCAUAACGCCCGCUCCUCCCGUCGAGCUACUCUCUCACCAUGUAGGGAGUAGGGAGGGCGUCUGAUAGCCGAGCUUCACUAACCAACCCCACAUUCUUUCCAUUGUAUCUAUCAUUAUUUAAUCCUUUUGCUGCCACCAAAAAGAAAACAACCCCAAGUGAGGUUGAGGUUGACUUUAAUUUUUGUUUCUUUUAUGAUUCUUGGAUGUUUUUUUUCCAACAAACAGUCGCUGUUGUUGGCCUGCCGCUCAUGAACCUUGACAAAGUGACCAGGAGGAAAAAAUAUCCCCUGCACGAUCAAGCCGUUCACAUUUUGUGUGUGUGUAUAUAUAUAUAUAAAUAUAUAUCCUCCUAUUUCCAGGUCAGAAUUUCUCUGAAAUACUUCUAACCAAAAAUGUUUUUGAUUUUUCGCUUUUAACAUUCAAGCUGAUUUACUACUAAUAUCCAUCAUCACUAAUGGGGAUUUGUGUGUCGCCCCACCUUUUUAAUGAUCUCUUUUGGGUUUUUUUGGACAGGCCUUGACGCAAAUCAUAUCAAAGAUAUAUUGUAGAAUUCUUUUCCCUUUCUUUACUGUAUUUUUUAACAUUUUCAGAACUUUGUAAGUCUAAUGUUAAGUUAACUCAAUUUUUAAUCGUGGUUAUAAGGCUUUAAAAACAAGUAAUAAGUGGCCGAUAUAAAGGUUGUCAUUGCUUUAAGGAUCAGAGGGACCAGACUGUCUCUCUGAGUCUCUCUUUCUGGAAACACUGAGUUUUACAUUUUGCUGCGGAGGCGAAGUAGCCCCCAAGCUUUUUGUAAAAUCACCGUCUCGGUGCGGAUUACAGACACUGAUAGAAAAUGACUGAAAACAUUGCGUUGAGAGCUUUAUGAAGAGCUGCGGACAUGCAUGUCUGAUUUAAGGGUGAUUUGUUUUGGAUGGUGGUCUAUUUGAAGACUGUACAUUACGUUUGGAUUCAGAGGUAGAAAAUAGACGUCUGCAUGUGUUGUCUACAGAGAGUUCAGUUCCUGCAUGAUCCACGCGGCUCUGCGGCUGACUGGUCUGUUGUCGGGAGGAUUAGUCCGGGGGGCAUGGUCAUCAUACCAAAUGUAUGAUGGCAUUGGCUAGAUGGGGUUGUUGUAUGGUGUUUUUGUUUUAUUUUCUUAAUAGUAGUACCGUCGUAUCUACUUGUGCACAGUAUCUGUACCAAAAAACUGGAUUGAUGAGCUGCAGUCUGCCUGUUUGGGGAGGAAUGAAAUUCUGUCUUUUUUGUGUCUGCAGUCACUCGACUGGCUCCGUACUUUAAGAUAUACCAAAAAUAUUUGUUAAAAUAAUUGCUGUGUGUAGUCGGUGUAGCUUAGUCUAGUCGAUAUAUUUAUGAGUACAGAUUUUUUCUUCAUUGUCAACAGAAUAUAGAAAUGCAAUAUUUUGAUGAUCAUUUUCCAAAGAUGACCUUUUUUUUUAAGUGUCUCAUCGCUCAACUUUAAAAUUGGCAGCACAAACUGACCUAAAAAAGAGGGAUUGGCGGGAUGGGGCACAAGAAAAUGUUCCUUUCUACUCUUUUUUUUAUCACCGGGGCCUCGCCCCUAACGCCUGAUCCUGGUUCAGCCAUUUGAUGGCUUAGUUUUCCUUUAUUGGCCAUUUUGGUAGCAGUCUUGGACUUUUCUGAAGUAAAGUGGAAAGGUUCUGUUUUUUGGUUUUGUACUAAUAUUCAGCCAUAAAACAACAGCUUGAACCAAAGUGGUUUUCCUCAGUAGUUGCUCUACUCCCCACACUGCUGACAAAUUAUUUUCCUCUUCUCCCGCCUCGGUUAAUUCCGGAUAGUCCUUAUUUGGUCCUGCUAGAUAAGGAUCACAGAAACCUAGCUUUAACAACUUGCUGCUGAAGCUCCUGCUGGAGCUGAGCUGUUUAGAGGCCUGCAUGCUUUCCUAUAGCUUUAUGACUACACCCUGUGAGAUCAGGCUUACCAUCUGGAGGGCUCACUUUUUAUGUAAGUGCUGAGAUCGGAUCAUCAGUAACAUAACACACUUCCUCUCAGCAUCGCCAUUUUUGAACCAGCACGCUAUAAACGAUAUGCUGCUCCCUAAAUCUGUCUGCGGACUUGUGUUAAAACCUGACAAAUUGUCUUACUCAACAAAGUGUUGGGCUAAGAACUGUUAUGUGCUACACAUUCAACUGAACCCCACCUUUUAAAAAAAAAAAAAGUAGCAUUGUUCUACAAAAUGACUUACUCACGGCGGGAUUAGAUCGCUGAGGCUGUAGGCAGUGAAGUUUGUCCAUGUUUUCCUCUUGUGUACUUCUUUUCUGUUGAAUUACUUUGACUGAAUAUACCUCAGCAGCACUUAAACAUAUGGUUCACCUUUAGACAUUUCUGUGUAUAGAACAGUGUAGAAUGUAUAGGUACCGUCUGGCUCGCCAUUCAAAGUUUAUACUGAUGAACCAUACAUAGGAACCAUACAUGGAAAGGACAACCUACUACUGCUAUUUUCUAGUACUACUAUUUAUGGGGUAUUUCCAGGUUUGAAUAUUAUUUUGAGAUCCUUCUUGCCAAAGUAAAAGCCUUUCUCUUUGCAGCUAGGCGGGUGUCUGGCUGCUCACGCCGCUAGUUUCCCGUCUUCGAGGACUCGGUCCUGUUUCCGUGCUGUUUGUAGUUACUUAAGAGUUGAACAUGUGCUAGCAAGAUGAACCAGUUGCCAUCGGCACCAUAGGAUGUUACUGAAAUAUUUAUCUGAGGAAAGAAUUAGAGAAACGAUCUUUUCUUAAUUCUAUACAUAUAAAUAUAUAUAUAAACACGUGUAAGAUAUUCAUAUUUUAUAUUUGAACCAGUAUGUUAUCAAGACUGAAUGUAGUGUUUAUCAUGCUUACUCGAGAAAAAAACCUCCCCUAAAUCCUCCUUUUUGUUAUUGCAAAAAUAACGACUUUUUUUUUUAAACUGACAAGACCAAAAAUAAGAAAUCUGAGAGCACGCCUCGUGUGUUUGUUCAGACGCUCCUGACUCUGAAGCAUCUGAUCUUUAUCUUUUAAUAGAUUUGUUUUUGUUUGAGUUACGUGGACUUGAUUUGUUGUGCUGUCUUUAACAAUCAUUUGAUUUUAAAAAAAAUUACUUUAUGCCUUUUAAUUGUUUUGUAUAGUGUGAGGGCAAGAUCACUGGCUUUCACAAAGAAGAUUAACAUUAUCAUUUAUGCCUUAUUGUUACGUAGAAGACAUGAGCAUUGUAGCAUUGUGUGUGUGUGUGUGUGUGUGUGUGUGUGUGUGUGAGAGAGAGAGAGCGCAAGCUUUAGUUCACCAGGUGCAUCGUUUUCACUGAAACAAAGCGGGGCACUCUGGGCAUUUUGGAGUGUGGGAUGAUUAUGUUGCGACCUUUGCUUUAGGUGCGACUCAGACAGGUUGAGGAGACCUGUGAGAAAAGCUUUACCAAUAAUUCCAGCAGGUGGAUGUGAGUGUGAGAGUGUCUUUUAAAGAGUGAAUAGCAAGUACAGUCUGCAAACCAUUAAGGUGCAUUUUUUUUCCAUCUUCCAGUGGGUUUUUGAGGGUGAUUUUUUUAUAAUUGGCGAGACAUGAGUACUUUUUGUUGGUCCAGUGGAGUCUUAACUGAUUCAUUAGCGCCUUUUUAAAGUAAGCCAGUUAAUUGGGAAAAAAAUACAGUUUGGGGUCAUGAUGUGAGUGUUUCAUCUACUAAUGAUCGUAUCUACUGUCAACUAAAGUUAAGUGUUACCACUGGCUUUGUUUUAGGGCUGUAGUUUCAGAACGUGAUCUCCAGAUUUCAAGUUGCUCUUGUGGAUCAGCCGUGCAUCGAGUUGUCAUUUGUUGAACCCACCACACUGGUUUGCUGGUUUUUAUCGUUGAAAAAGGAAGUGUGGAGCACCAGUUAAGGCAAAAGGAGCUGUUGUAUACCUCAUUUCUAACUCAAACUGAGUGAAACCUGCUUUAAUCUACUUAAGAAUUUAAAAAUAUUAUUAAAAAAAAUGAAAAAAGAUGAAAAUACAGAAACUCGUCAGUGGAGAAGCCCGUUUACACCUGUACUUGUGAAGGGUUGUGGAACAUGCCACCACAAGGGGGAGACAAAAUACAUACCUGUACUCAUGAAUGUCUGCUGUUUUUCCUUUUUCACAAUUUGGUGUUUCUUAUGCUGCACACUGAUGUAUUUUUCAGCCUAUUAUGGAAUUGAUUUGUUGUAACUUGAGAUUUAUUUUAGCGUAUUGUAUUCCUUUGAAAAAUUCCUUUGAAUAGACGACCCCCCUCCACGUUUGAACACUUUAAGUUUGACAAUCCUGUUUUCUAUUUAAUUUUUUUUUUCAUUCUGACUGAAGUGCAGGUAUGUACGUGUCUCCCCGCAUGACCCGCUCUCCUGUGGUACCAACAUUAACCAAAGACUUCUAACUUGAUUGUAAACGAACGACGCCCGUCUCUCGGUCCAUCCCCGCCUCGCUGCUCAGAUCAAAUCCUGGCUGCAGGCUUUCACCCGAGUCCUCGAUUCCUUUUUUUAUUUUUACUGCAUGCGAAUGUGUACCCGCCCCGAAACAAUACUCGGCGGUUUCAGUGCCUGUGGGCGGGGAUCGGAGGUGGGAUGGGGGGUUGAAAAGAGGCUGAACGGGCUUCUCCAAACGACACAAUCUGGUGGUAGCUGGGUGAUGUUUGUUAAUACACACUGAGGGUUAAUCCUGUGCACACUGUACAUGCUCAGGACUGUAUGUUUGUUGCUGUUAUGUUCCCCCUCCACUCUUUCUCGCUCUCUCUCUCAAGGACUGUGGUGAAAAUGCUCUUCCUGCCUCUCUGUCUCUUCCUCAUCACACUGUAUAGUCCCAGGACAUUUUACCCUGUUGUCUCCAGGAAUACACAUCCUAAACUCACUGCUGUGUCCCCUCCUCCCUCCUCUUCUGCUUCCUCCUUUGCCAUCGUCUCUUCACUACAGACUCUGAUCCGCUGUGACACUAUGCAUCAUGGUCCUGUCACUCUGCAUGGACUGUGUCCCAGUGACACUUUGAUAAAGGCUUUACUCCGAGUGAGGUUUGAAGGACCUCACAAGCGCUAUCCCAAAGCAAAAAUCCAAAUAUUUAACUUUUGACAAAUGCAGAUACCAAAGAUAUCUCUCUGUCCUGUGUCUUUCUCUGUCCUUCUCUCCCUUUCACCCUGCAGCAUGUGUAUUAAGAGACAAACCCAGCACUGGCUUUAGUCCUAGCCUCAGUGAUUCCAAAGCUUAGAUGUAUAUUUUGAUAUAUUUCUGAGAAAAACUUGCGUGAAAAGUUUCUCGUUUGUUUGUUGUAAUCUCUUUUUUUUCUGUCACAGCAUGGAACUAAUUGCAGAACUGUCUUACUCUUGGUAGGUUAAAGAUAUAGUAUUUUUGUAUGUUUUUUGGGUGUGUUAUGUGUGUGGUUUAUCAGUUCACUGCCCAAGUGACCAUGGCUUUCAACAAGAUAUGAAAAAAGAAAAACCAAAAAAAAAGAACGCCAACCAUGUACAUAUUUUGUCUGUGUAUCUCAAGAACUGCAUUAUGUCAAACAUUUACUACUCACGUUGGAAAGCUUGGGCUCAUCUAAAGGAAUGUUUCCCUGAUUUAUUUCCCUGUUUCUUACUCUGCCGUCUGAUAAUAAUUGUCGUUCCAGGACUUUAAUUUAAGGAGUCCUGAUUUUCCACCAUGGACAAAAACUCUGAGAGACACUGCUCUGAUUUGACUACAAGGAAAAAAACAACUAAAAUACUGCCUCCAGGCAUGGCGGCGUAUCACUGAAAGGUUGUGUAGGGGUUUUAAGUAUGUGAAUCAGGAUACGUAGUAGAUUUUGAUGCAUUUGUCUGCUGUAUUUUUGUUUGUUUUGUUUUUAUACACAUAUAAAGAUAAUCUUUUACUGUAAAUGUACAGUUUUCUUUUGUUGUAAACAUCAUUAAACCAUUUUCCAAGUGUUUUGA